AUGAACACGUGGUCAAUGCAUCCUAAAUGUAAAAAAAUUAUGUCAGAAAGUUGGAACUCUAGUGUCAUAGGUUUUCCAAUAUACACUCUCAAUAGAAAAAUUAAAAUUCUCAAAGACAACUUAAAAAGUUGGAAUACUAAUACCUUUGGCAACAUUCAUGAAAUUCUUAAGAGGGUUAAGGAUAAUAUUGAGGCUAUCCAAUUUCCUAUUGAUACUAGUGGCUAUAAUGACUCUCUUAUGAAUCAAGAAAGGCACGUUCAAUUGGAGCUGGAGCUGGAUAUCUCCUAUUAA